CCCUGGAAACUGGCCCUGAUAUUUGCACACAGCUUCCUGCUUCUUGCUAAGAAUCUCGGCUUGCUAAGAAGCGGCGGCCGGCAGGAUGCAGAAAAGUAGGAUGAAUCUGCCCAAGGGACCCGACAGUCUCUGCUUCGACAAGGACGAGUUUAUGAAGGAAGAUUUUGAUGUCGAUCAUUUUGUGUCUGACUGUAGAAAGCGUGUACAGCUAGAAGAACUGAGAGAACACCUAGAACUCUACUAUAAACUUCUUAAAACUGCUAUGGUUGAGCUCAUCAAUAAGGAUUAUGCAGAUUUUGUCAACCUUUCAACAAACUUGGUUGGCAUGGACAAAGCCCUUAAUCAGCUUUCUGUGCCCUUGGGACAGUUACGGGAAGAGGUUUUGAGUCUUAGGUCAUCUGUCAGUGAAGGAAUUCGGGCAGUAGAUGAACAAAUAUCUAAACAAGAGGACAUUAGGAAAAAAAAGAUAUGUGUGUUGAGGCUUAUACAAGUUAUUCGAUCAGUUGAAAAAAUUGAAAAAAUUUUAAAUUCUCAAAAUUCUAAAGAAACAUCUAUACUAGAAGCAAACAGCCCACUUUUAACUGGACAAAUUUUGGAGAGAAUUGCCACUGAAUUUAACCAGUUGCAGUUUCAUGCUAUUCAAAGUAAAGGCAUGCCUCUUAUGGACAAAGUCAGACCACGUAUAGCUGGCAUUACUGCUAUGUUACAACAGUCACUGGAAAGUCUUCUCUUAGAAGGUCUUCAGACAUCCAAUGUUGAUAUAAUACGACACUGUUUAAGAACCUAUGCCACAAUUGACAAGACACGGGAUGCAGAGGCAUUAGUUGGUCAAAUACUAGUAAAACCAUACAUAGAUGAGGUGAUUGGAGAGCAGUUUGUUGAGUCAUAUCCAAAUGGCCUUCAAAUUAUGUAUGAUAAACUUCUGGAGUUUAUUCCUCACCAUUGCCACCUUCUUCGAGAAGUCACAGGAGGUGCUGUCUUAAGUGAAAAAGGUAAUACUGUUCCUGGAUAUGAUUUUUGGGUAAAUUCUGUCUGGCCAGAAAUAGUACGAGGAUUAGAAGAAAAUUUGCCGUCUCUUUUUAAUCCUGGGAAUCCUGAUGCAUUUCAUGAGAAAUACACCAUAAGUAUGAAUUUUGUAAGAGUAUUUGAACAGCAAUGCGGAUCACAGGCCAGUGUAAAAAGAUUAAGGGCACACCCUGCCUAUCAAAGCUUCAAUAAUAAGUGGAACUUGCCUGUUUAUUUUCAAAUAAGAUUUAGAGAAAUAGCAGGAUCCUUAGAAAUGGCAUUUACAGAUGUUUUAGAAGAUGCUCCAGCUGGAAGUUCCUAUUGCCUUUUGGCUUCUCAUAUAACAUGGAAUAGUCUCCAGAAGUGUUGGUCAGAUGAGCUUUUCUUACCAUUGCUUUCACAUCGUCUGUGGAGACUCACACUGCAAAUUUUGGCUCGGUAUUCUGUGUUUAUCAGUGAGCUUUUACUCAGGCCUAUCUCUAAUGGAAAUGUCAAGGAUGGUAAAAAGUCUUUGGUAAUUGGUAACAAAGACCCUUUUAUUACCCAAGGAAAUAGUGACGACCAGGGAAAUGGUCCUUCUGAAACAAAGCCUGUGGUUUCCAUUUCUAGCAUGCAGCUUGUAUAUGUGGUUGCAGACCUGGACAGACUUCAGGAGCAGCUUCCAGAACUCUUGGAAAUAGUCAAGCUAAAAAUGGAAACAAUUGGCUUAAAGAAUUUUUCUUCGAUCUCAGCUGCAAUCGAGGAUUCAAAGAAGUCUUUGUCAGCCUGUAUUCCUCCCCUGAGUGAAAGAAUCAUCCAAGGGUUAAGUGAUUCUUGUUUCAGUUACCUAAAAAGUGCUCUGGAGGUUCCCCGGCUUUACCGAAGAACCAAUAAGGAGGUGCCAACUACAGCUUCCUCUUAUGUGGACAGUGCUCUGAAGCCAUUUUACCAGCUUCAGAGAGGGCACAAGAAUAAACUCAAACAGGUGAUAAUUCAACAAUGGUUAGAAAGUGCUCUUUCUGAAAGCACACAUAAGUACUAUGAAACUGUGUCAGAUGUUUUAAAUUCUGUGAAGAAAAUGGAGGAGAGCCUGAAGAGACUAAAACAAGCCAGAAAAAAUACUUCUGCCACCCCUACUGGCUUGGGUAGUAGUGGCAUGAGUGAUGACGACAAAAUCAGGCUGCAAUUUGCCCUAGAUGUUGAGUACUUAGGAGAGCAGAUACAAAAGAUGGGGCUGCAAACAAAGGACAUCAGAAGCUUUCCAGCCCUUGCAGAGCUUGUUAUUUCUGCCAAGGAACAGGCAGAGCAUCCAUAAGCAUCUUGGAAGAACCAAAGAGGAAAGUUGGUCGUGUCUUCUUAACAAGUGUCUGUAGCAAAUAGUGCUUCCACCAUCAACAUGCUGUGCAGCUACUCAGUGUAUUUGGGACUUCUUUGAACCAGAAAAACAAGCUUUUUUUCCAUUGUAUGGAAGAUUGUUUUUAAAACAUUUAAAACUUUCUACUAUAGUUUACAAAACAAAUUAUUUUAUUUUUAUUGUUAAUCUUAGUGCAAAGGGGCUAAUUUCUAAAAUAUGAUUAAAAUAAAUAUGUAUGAAUAUAUGUGUCAUAAAGAUUUUUCUCCCUAAUCUUAUUUCUAAUUUUAAGUGAAUAACUAUAAUGUUUAUAGUAUGGAAACUCCUUCCCUGAAAUAAAAAAAUGUUUAAUAUUUCCAAGGGGCUAUAAAUGGUAGUUCUCCAUUCUCUCUGUGGAUAUAUAAGAACAUAUUUAUGAUCCUGUCCAUCACCUAGCCCUCUUGUUAAGAGCUAAAACCAGUAUGGAAAGAUUUAUUUUCUAAAUUAAAAAAACCAUCUGCCGAAA